GCCCGCCCACAGCAACGGCUUGUCCGGUGAAACUGGCGGAGAGUUUGUUUACCUUCGACAGCGGCGGCUGCUGGGCGCUGUCUGUCUUUCUGUCCGCCCGCCCGCCCGCCUACCUACCUACCUCGAGUAGUUUAUAUAAUUGCACGGCUUUUGAGCAAUGGCUACCAGCUUUAGGAAAGCUACUGUAGGAUCUUCACAGCGCAAAAAAUCUGGGCCAAAACCGGAUCUCACAGAAGAACAAAAGCAAGAAAUCAGAGAAGCUUUUGAUUUGUUUGACACUGAUGGUACAGGAACUAUUGAUGUAAAAGAAAUCAAGGUUGCCAUGCGAGCCUUAGGGUUUGAACCGAAAAAAGAAGAAAUUAGAAAGAUGAUUUCAGACAUUGAUAAGGAAGGAUCUGGUACCAUCGAUUUCAAUGACUUCUUAGCUAUGAUGACUCAGAAAAUGAGUGAGAAAGACUCCAAAGAAGAAAUUUUGAAAGCCUUCAGGUUGUUUGAUGAUGAUGGAACAGGCAAGAUAUCAUUCAAAAACCUGAAAAGAGUUGCUAAAGAACUAGGAGAAAAUCUGACCGAUGAGGAAUUGCAGGAAAUGAUAGAUGAAGCUGAUCGGGAUGGCGAUGGUGAGAUAAAUGAACAGGAAUUUUUGCGGAUUAUGAAAAAAACAAGCCUUUAUUAAUUUUUUUGGUAUUGUCCCACUGUCCUUAACCAGCACUAGUUGUAACUUGUUUUUAUUUAAGUAAUAAAGAAUGAAGAAAAGCCAUUGAGAUAUGAUA